GCGAAGGCAGGGGACACCCUGGACAGGCCGCCAGUCCGAAAUCAAACCUAAGAGUUGUUAUGUUUAUUACGGGGAGCACGUGAAGGCAGCAUUUGUAGUGACGUAGUGCACGGGGCGUGUUGACAUGGCGGUGCGCUGCCAAACCUUCCAAUGUAACGCUUAUUUGUCCUAAAACAAGCUCCUCUCCGCGGCGGACAGCGACAUGGGAUCACAUUUGACCUCAAAGUAGACAUUGUGCACAGAGGCCCGUCACCCCCGACCUGUUCCCGGAAACUCCCCUGUUGCCGUCCCUGCCCGUGAUAUCGUCCACACGGGCCAGCCACGCUCGGAAGCCCCGGAGGCGCAGCAGCAGCGGGUGUGAAAGCGCUGCCAGGCCUCGGCCGGUGUGCUCGGCCCCCGGGCCGGGCCCCAGCAGAGGCAGCAUGGAGGUGGGCAUGCGCGUGGUACGCGGCCUCGACUGGAAAUGGGGAAACCAGGACGACGGCGAGGGCCACGUGGGCACUGUGGUGGAGAUCGGGCGGCAGGGCAGCACCACGACGCCAGACAAGACAGUGGUGGUGCAGUGGGACAGCGGCACACGGACCAACUACCGCACCGGCUACCAGGGUUCCUUUGACCUGCUGCUUUAUGAUAACGCGCAAAUCGGCGUGCGUCACUCCAACAUCAUCUGUGACAGCUGCAAGAAGCAUGGCAUCAUGGGAAUGCGAUGGAAGUGCAAGGUGUGCUUCGACUAUGACCUGUGCACACAGUGUUACAUGAACAACAAGCACGACCUUGGCCAUGCUUUCGAGCGCUACGAGACGGCUCACUCCCAGCCAGUGAGCUUGGCACCGAGGCAGAACCUCCCACGGAUCAUCCUCAAAGGAAUCUUCCAGGGGGUUAAAGUGGUUCGUGGACCUGACUGGGAUUGGGGCAACCAAGACGGCGGGGAGGGUAAGGUUGGGAAGGUAGUGGACAUUCGUGGCUGGGACACAGAGUCGGGUCGCAGCGUGGCCAGUGUCACAUGGUCCAAUGGCACCACCAAUGUCUACCGAAUGGGCCACAAGGGCAAGGUUGACCUCAAAUAUGUGUCUGACGGCCAAGGAGGCUUCUAUUACAAAGACCACCUACCAAAGCUUGGAGAGCAUGCAGAGCUGCAACGCCAGGAAAGUGCUGAGGGCCACUCCUUCCAGCAGGGCGACAAGGUCAAAUGUCUCUUGGAAAUGGAGAUCCUGCGACAGAUGCAGGAGGGCCACGGAGGGUGGAACCCCAAAAUGGCUGAGUACAUUUGCCGGAUCGGGACCGUACAUAGAAUCACUGACCGAGGAGACGUCAGAGUCCAGUACAGCAACAACAUCCGCUGGACUUUCCAUCCUGGGGCUCUCACCAAGGUGAACACUUUUGGAGUUGGCGAACUAGUAAAAGUAUUGGAGGACAUCGAGAGUGUGAAGAGACUGCAGGCUGGCCAUGGAGAGUGGACAGACAGCAUGGCUCCUGUGCUCGGCCAGGCCGGGAAGGUGUUGAAAGUAUAUGCGGAUGGCGACCUACGGGUGGCGUUCGCAGGCCAGACAUGGACGUUCAACCCAGCGUGCCUCUCGGGCCAGACCUUGGAGGUGGACGCCAACCUCAUGACAGCCGAGAACCCCAACGAAUCUGGAAGUACUGUCAUCUCCGUGUUGGAGAAGCUGCUGUCUCAGUCCACAGAGCAGGACAAUCCCAGCCGGCUGGUCAUUGAGGCAGCACACGGCAGUGCCAACAAAGUGCGGGAGUUGGUGCUGAAGUAUCCUGACAAGGUGGAUAUAAAGAACCAGGGCAAGACUGCACUGCAGGUUGCUGCUCACCAAGGCCACAUGGAGGUGGUGAAGGCCCUGCUGCAGGCCAACAGCUCCAUCGAAGUCAAGGAUGAAGAUGGAGACACAGCAUUGCACUACACUGCCUUUGGUAAUCAGGCAGAUAUCACACGGCUGCUAUUGAGCAAAGGGGCAAAUGUCAACCUCCUGAACAACUCCAUGUGCACGGCGCUCCACAUUGCCGUCAACAAGGGCUUCACCGACGUGGUGCGAGUGCUGACCGAACAUUCAGCUGAUGUCAAUCUCCAGGAUUCAUAUGGGGACACGCCGCUCCAUGACGCCAUUGCUAAAGAUUUCCGAAAUAUCAUCGAGAUCGUGGUCUUGGUGCCCAACAUUGACUUCACACAGCAGAACCACCGAGGCUUCAACCUGCUGCACCAUGCUGCCCUCAAAGGAAACAAACUGGCGACGGAGAAGAUCCUGGCCAGAGCGCGGCAGCUGGUGGACGUUAAGAAGGAGGACGGCUUCUCUGCGCUGCAUCUGGCCUCCCUCAACAACCACCGGGACGUCGCCGAGAUCCUCGUCAAGGAGGGCCGCUGCGAGAUCAACAUCCGCAACAACCGGAACCAGACGCCGCUGCAGCUGGCGGUCACACAGGGCCACACCGACCUGGUGCAGCUGCUGGUGUCCGAGGGCGCCGACGUCAACAUGGAGGACGAAGACGGGGACACGGCCAUGCACGUGGCCCUCCUCCGCCCGCAGCUGGCCAACGUUAUGCUCAGCCCCGCCGUGGGAACCAGCAGCACCGAGGAGAGCAGCGAAGGUUGCUCCUCCACAUCGCUCUUCUGCAGGCUGAGCGCUUCGGGUCUUCUAGGGAACACCGAGCUGAGCGUUGGCUCAGCCAUCGCUUGUUUUCUCGCGCAGGAAGGGGCCGACGUCAACUACGCCAACCACAAGGGAAAGAGUCCCCUGGACCUGGUGGCGGACAGCGCCAUGCUGCAGCUCAUCAAGAGCUUCUCUGAGAAACACAGGUUGCAGCGUCUGCAGGCCAUCACAUGUGGGCAGGGCCUGAGCAGUGCCAGCCUGCGGCGGGUCCACACCACGCCAAACACCAUGACCAACCUGGUUCUUCCCGCGCCACCGGGGCCCAGCGAAUGCCUCAUCUGCUCCGAGCUGGCUCUGCUGGUUCUCUUCUGCCCCUGCCAGCACAGCGUGGCCUGUGAAGAGUGCGCCCAUCGAAUGAAGAAAUGCAUCAAAUGCCAAGUCACAAUCACCAAGAAAAUUAGACACGACCAAACAGAGGUGGACUGCAGCCCCGGCACGGAGAACUCGGAGCAGCACAACCUGCUGGAGCAGCUGCAGUCUCGCUACCGCCAGAUGGAGGAGCGCAUCACCUGCCCCAUCUGCAUCGACAACCACAUCAAGCUGGUCUUCCAGUGCGGACACGCCUCCUGCAUCGACUGCAGCGCCGCGCUCAAGACCUGCCCGAUCUGCCGGCAGACCAUCCGUGAGCGCAUCCAGUUAUUCGUCUGAGCUCCUCUGUCCUCUCAGCUCUUAACAACCCAAAGAGGAUGUCCGACGGGGGCUGGAAAGAAGAGUGGGCUGGGAGGGGGCAGCUGUGACCUUCGAAGACCCAGUGACUCACACCUGCUCAUCCGUCUCCCCCCAUUGAACACUGGCUCAGCCCAUCGGUUGCUUUACCAUAAGACGCUGUGUUACAUCGCUGAGAGUCCACUGUUUGUUACAUUUUGACUAGUUUCCCUCUCGAGCAGCGCAGGCAGGCAGGAACAUGUCGAUAACUUGAACGUAAUUUCCGGUGUCAGGAGCACUGAGCCCGGCGGGAAGCAGGCGAGGCAAAGAUGCGAGUACUUCGAUAGGUAAACCGUGAGGGAAAAAAAAGGUCCCCACCUCGUCUUUUUCCCCCGCUCCCGCCCAGCCUCCACCUCCUGUAAUCUGUCCCAUCUUUGCUGCUUUAAGUGGAUGUCUGUUACCCAUCAUCCUCUCUGGCUGUCCGGCCUCCUCUGUUUACAAGGCUGCGCUUGAAUCAGUCCCCGUCUUCUCGCCCUUCAGCCUGUCCUGUGAAUUAUGUUUGCUCUCAUUUGUACCGAUCUCUUAAUAAUCUGUGUUAGUCUCUGCAGAGGGAGUUGGUAUAACUAAAGGCUCUCUAUAUAGUCCCCAACCACUCGCCUGUAUGCAAGGGGAAAUGCACACUAUAUAUAUGCAUGAAUAUAUGCAUAUUGUAAAGCUGAAAAUGACUGUGUUAUCAUGGGUGAUUUGUCGUCGUUGUAUUAUUUCUCUCGGAUUACAUUUGUGGUUUUUAAUGUAGCGAUCAGUACAGGUUUUUAUUUAUGUGUGAAAGGUGGUGUUACUUAGUAAUGUCCUUUUUUUAAAAAUGUUUUUGGUUGAUGUUUGCUUGGCAAAAAUGUUUUUGUUUCUACUGAACUUCACCCCAAGCCUAUGUCCUCUACUCAGGGUAUCAAAUCAUUGAAAGCACUAGCAUAGUCCCGUCCCCACACACACACAGACACAGACACACAGACACAGACACACACACACACACACACACACACAGUGUGCACUAGUGACUCAAAAUUCACUUUGUCAACCCUCCAAAGUUUCACGGUCAUUAGUGAAAUGAAUGUUUCUAGAAGAGUUUCUGUCAUUUUCCUCCAAAAACGACUCAAAACAAUGUCCUUGAAGCAUCCCAGUCAGCUUGUUGGUGUCCCAGUCUGUGUCACCUGACUGGUGUAAGGACCCCGACGGGCAGUGAAUACUCAUGUUUUGUUAUUCAUCCACCAGAUGCAUUGUAAGAUCGGCAAAAACGUAACGUGUUGCGCCUCUAGUUCCACGUCUGCCUUUCCAAUGGAAUCACCCUCUCUCUCCUCCCCCCUCUCUCUCUUCUCCUCCCCCCCCCCCCCCUCUCCGGUGGAGUUCUGGAUUGUAUAUCAUCUUCAUCCUUUUUAAAGUGUCGGUGUGUUUUCUUGAAGGGCUUACGCAUAUGAAAAAAAAAAAAAAAUACUAUCUAUUUUAAUUAUUUAAUUUAAAUUUUUUUUUUAUUUUAUUUUUUAUAAUAAACUUCCAGAGACGGAAUUUUUUUUUUUUGUCUUCAUUAGAUCCCAAAUUCUGGGAGAGCCAAUGUUUAAGAUGUACAUUUGAAUGUCGGGGAAGAAAAAUGUAUCCUGUCUCGCUUUUUUUUUUUUGUGUAAAGAAAAAAAGAAAAAAGACGUAAGAAGCAGCUGGAGAGACUGAGACAUGAGUUUUAAUUUGAAGAAAGAACUUCUACAUCUGUGCCAAAUCGCAUGAGGAUGUGCAUGGGCAUGCACGCCCACAUUUAGCUAUUAGACGCACUCUGCUAAACCCCCUCCGAGCUCAAAGCGAGGGUUCAAUUAUUCCAGCAGUGUGACGUGAACUAAAAGCAAACUUUGAUAUUUAAUUUAGUUGUAAAUCAGAAGUGUUGUCUCUGCACACUCAGUUCCUGGCGUUGGCCUCCUAACUUCAGCUGGUGUGCUCUGAACCUCCUCGUGUUCUCAUUAAGAGUCACGCAACGCUCACUUCCAAAACAUUAUCAGUCCCAUAUUGAGAUCUCUCUCUCUUUAUAUAUAUAUAUCUAUAUAUAUAUAUAUAUAUAUAUAUAUAUAUAUAUCUAUAUAUCCAAGAGACACGUUUCUUACGGGAGUACACAACCUUUUUAAGGAUUGUCCAUUGGUGUCCCAAGUCGGUGGGUCUCGAGGCAAAGGCAAUAAUGUUUUAGAAAACAAAGGGGAAGAUGUUUGAGUUCUUUCUUUUUCUUUCUUUUUCUCCCCUUGAGGAGGUCUCUCUGAGGGUGGGAAAACAAUUCAUGUAUAAAAACACAAAGCAGCAAAUGUUACUAUUGGUGUUUGUGCAGUUCAGCUCUUGGAGUUCUGAUGUUGGCCUUACUGUCCAUUCCUCCUCUGUUGAUGUUUUUUCAGUUGUAUUCAGUACAAAAAUAUUUUGCAAUAAAUAUGGAACUGUUUUAUAAGGACUUGA